UUGCGACAGGUCGCUGUCUGAAGUUCAGAAGUCACCAUAACAACAGCACAUGAUCCUGACAUUCAGCACUGAGUUAUGAUAUAAUAAAGACAUGAUUGCAGGCGAUCAAAUAGCAGAUUUGUAGCAGAUAAAAUGACUAGUACCAUGGUGGCCGUGGGCCUUACCCUGGCAGCAGCAGGGUUUGCAGGUCGCUAUGCAAUGCAGGCUAUGAAACAUAUGGAGCCACAAGUGAAACAAGCUCUGGAAGCAUCCAAAUCUGCAUUUGGUAGCGGAUACUACAGAGGGGGGUUUGAACCAAAGAUGAACAGGAGAGAAGCGUCCCUUAUUCUUGGUGUCAGUCCUACUGCUAACAAAAACAAGAUCAGAGAGGCACACAGAAAACUAAUGAUUUUAAACCAUCCUGACCGAGGUGGAUCACCGUAUCUCGCAGCAAAAAUAAACGAGGCUAAAGAUUUAUUUGAUGGACAAUCAAAGAAAUAGUCUUUCAUGACAUGGCCGAUGCACAUGAAUUCUUACAUAAGGAUUAAAUACAGUACCCUGUUGUUGUAUGAUGAAAGAUUUUUGCAUGACAGUGUGAAUAGCAAUAAUUAAAUUAAAUAUUACAAU